CAAUUUGCUUCUUCAAUCUUCAUCUCUCUCUCUCUCUCUCUCUCUCUCCAUCGAAACUAGGGUUUUGACCUCCAAUGGCGACUCGGGCAUCGGAGCUCCAAGGUCAAGUCGCCGCUUCGCAGAGGUUCGACGAGGCGGCGCUUCUCCGCUACGCGAUCGCCCACGUGGAGGGCUUCCCGGCCUCUCCCGUCAAAUUCACGGUGUCGCAGUUCAGCCAUGGCCAAUCGAACCCUACCUUUCUCCUCGAGGUCGCCGGCAGCGAUGGGACGGUGAAGAAGUACGUUUUGAGGAAGAAGCCCCCUGGGGUUCUUCUUGAAUCCGCCCACGCUGUUGAAAGAGAGUUUAAGGUCAUUGAGGCAUUGGGUAUUCAUACAAGUGUUCCUGUUCCCAAAGCCUUUUGCCUAUGUACUGAUCCUAACAUAAUCGGGACAUCCUUCUACAUUAUGGAAUAUUUGGAGGGACGCAUAUUUUUAGAUAACAAGCUUCCGGGAAUAAGUCCUGAAAGGAGGCGGACUAUCUAUCGAGCAACUGCCAACACUUUAGCCUCCUUACAUAAAGUUGAUGUGGACUUUAUUGGAUUGCCAAAUUUUGGGAGGAGGGACCACUAUUGCAGGAGACAAGUAGAAAGAUGGGCAAGGCAGUAUCUUGCUUCAACUGCUGAGGGGAAACCUUACAGAAAUCCAAAAAUGCUGGAACUAAUUACUUGGCUGAAAAAGAAUAUCCCAGUUGAAGAUUCCUCGGCAGAAAGGAGCACAUGUCUUGUCCAUGGAGACUUUCGGAUUGAUAAUUUAGUUUUCCAUCCAGUCGAGGAUAAAGUGAUUGGUAUUCUUGAUUGGGAACUCUCAACUCUUGGAAACCAGAUGUGUGAUGUUGCUUACAGUGCCAUGCCAUAUAUUGUUAACGUGGACAACACGACACCUGAAGGAUUUGAAUCUUGCGGCACUCCAGAAGGCAUCCCUUCGCUGGCAGAAUAUCUCUCAGAUUACUGCUCUGCAGCUGGAAAGCCUUGGCCAGUUACAGACUGGAAGUUCUAUAUGGCCUUCUCUUUAUUCCGGGGUGCUUCUAUCUUAGCUGGAGUUUAUCGUAGAUGGAUUCUGGGUAAUGCUUCUGGUGGUGAACGUGCCAAAUAUACUGAAGAACGAGCUAAUAUUUUAAUUGAUUAUGCCUGGGUGCUCAUUAAUAAAAAAGCCGUGCUUCCUGAUCAGCCUCCACAGGGUUAUGCAGGAUCCGUACUUUCUCAAGAGCAUUUAAGCAAACACCAAACAAAUCCAUAUGGCCUGCCUGUGCAGGGAAAAUUUGUACCUAGUCAAAAGGUUUUGAAUCUGCGAGCAAAGUUGUUAAAGUUCAUGGAAGAGCAUAUUUAUCCCAUGGAAAAUGAAUUUUACAAACUAGCACAAUCAAGUUCACGUUGGACGGUUCAUCCGGAAGAAGAGAAGUUGAAAGAAUUAGCAAAGGGAGAAGGACUAUGGAACUUAUGGAUUCCGGUUGAUAGCGCUGCUAGAGCAAAAAAAGUUCUCUUCGGUGAAAAAGAUCAUGUUUCUCAUGGCCUUUGGAGCAGUCAGAUAUUAGGUGCCGGGCUUUCCAACCUCGAGUAUGGAUAUUUAUGUGAGAUUAUGGGUCGCUCGGUUUGGGCGCCACAAAUUUUUAACUGUGGUGCACCUGACACUGGAAAUAUGGAGGUACUACUAAGGUACGGAUCAAAGGAGCAACUACAGGAAUGGCUUAUUCCUUUGCUAGAAGGAAAAAUUCGAUCUGGAUUUGCAAUGACUGAACCUCAAGUUGCAUCUUCUGAUGCGACCAACAUUGAAUGUGCAAUUACUAGACAAGGAAAUUCUUACAUUAUUAAUGGAAAGAAGUGGUGGACGAGUGGAGCAAUGGAUCCUAGAUGCAAAGUUUUGAUAGUGAUGGGGAAGACAGAUUUCACUGCAGCCAAACAUAAGCAGCAGUCAAUGAUAUUAGUAGAUAUUAGCACCCCUGGGGUCAAUAUAAAGAGGCCGUUGUUGGUAUUUGGUUUUGAUGAUGCUCCUCAUGGACAUGCAGAAGUAACUUUUGAAAAUGUGAGGGUGCCUGUGGAAAAUAUCUUGCUUGGAGAAGGCCGAGGUUUUGAGAUUGCACAGGGGAGGCUUGGCCCUGGUAGGCUGCACCAUUGUAUGAGACUCAUUGGAGCAUCAGAAAGAGGUAUGAAACUGAUGGUAGAAAGAGCUCUGCACCGAAGGACUUUUGGAAAAUUGAUUGCUGAGCAUGGGUCUUUUUUGUCUGACCUUGCCAAGUGCCGAAUAGACCUGGAGAGAACCCGGCUCUUAGUUCUGCAAGCAGCAGAUCAGCUUGAUAGACAUGGAAACAAAAAAGCUCGUGGCAUCCUCGCCAUGGCAAAGGUUGCAACUCCAAAUAUGGCACUUCAAGUUCUCGACAUGGCGAUGCAAGUUCACGGUGGUGCUGGUGUGUCUUCAGACACAGUUUUAUCGCACUUGUGGGCUACCGCAAGAACACUGAGAAUUGCUGAUGGCCCUGAUGAAGUCCAUCUUGGCACAAUUGCUAAGCUUGAACUUCAAAGAGCCAGGUUGUAAUAGUAUGACCUUUAGCUGGGGAGCCCUUAAUUAAUGAAAAUAAAAGGGUUCCCCUUUAUAUAAAGGAUUAUAGUAGAACUUUAAUUUAUCUAUUGUCUGUUAUCAGUUACAAAAUUGGAACAGCCGAUUUGUAGUGUGUAACAAAUAAAAGUAAUAGUACCUCUUCUUGUGGUACAUAGGUAAUUUAUCAUUGUCUGUCAUCAGCUAAGGGCCUGUUUGGUACAUUUCCAUAAAGAAAAAGAGAACACAAAAUCACGAUGAAAACCAUUUCAGUACA